CAUGCGUCGUAACGGCGCGCGUGAAGCGAGAUGCUGAAGGAAGUCGGCUGCGGCAGCACUACACCCCCGUCGGGGGACGGAGGCGGCGGGGCGAAUAGUCGGCAGAUCGGCGCGAACGAAGGGGGCGGUGGUGGCGGCGGGGGCGGCGGUAUCGUCGAGGGUGCCCUCGGUUGCGACGGCUGCGGAAGAGACAUCGCUGAACGUUGGUAUCUAAUGGUAUCCGAUCGCGCAUGGCAUUGUGGCUGUCUGCGCUGCUGUCACUGCCGAGUCCCCCUGGCCGCUGAGGCCACUUGCUUUGCCAGGGACGGUAACAUUUACUGCAAAGAGGAUUAUUUCAGAUUAUUUGCGGUGUCUCGAUGCUCCCGAUGUCGCGCCGGCAUUUCCGCCUCGGAACUGGUGAUGCGAGCGCGCGAUCUGGUGUAUCAUGUGGCGUGCUUCACUUGCGCCUCGUGUGGCACCCCGUUAAACAAAGGCGAUCAUUUCGGCCAGCGGGACGGAUUGGUGUAUUGUAGACCACACUACGAGUUGCUGUGCUGCGCUGGCGAUUACGGGGGUGCUGCCGGCAGUAUCGAAGACCUCGGUUCGCCGGGGGUGUCGCCGCUUCCGGCUUACUACGAGCAGAGCCCGAUCACUUCCGGCGCGGUGCAGAAAGGCCGGCCACGGAAGCGGAAGUUGUCGGAAAUCACCGGCUCCGAGCUUCCCGUCACGAUGAGACUGACCGCUGGAGCGCUCGAACUGCUGCAUCCCACGGAGCUGUCCUCGUCGAUGGAGUCGCUGGCUGCGUACGACGCAUCCGUGGGCUCCCCGGGACCGGUGCACCAAAAUCAGCGGACGAAGCGUAUGCGUACCAGUUUCAAACACCAUCAAUUGCGAACUAUGAAGAAUUACUUCGCGGUAAAUCAAAAUCCGGACGCUAAGGACCUCAAGCAACUCGCGCAGAAGACCGGCCUAUCGAAAAGGGUGCUGCAGGUGUGGUUUCAAAACGCGCGUGCGAAAUGGCGACGGAACUUGAUGCGGCAGGACAGUAGCAACGCCGGUAGCAACGUCGGUUGUUCCGGAACGGCGGUAUCCUCCAGCACCGGCAAUUCUCCAACCGUCGGACCGGCAGCCAGCAUACUCGGCGACAGCAACAGCAUGCCCUCGACCUCGAUGGAGGAGUUACACGCCCUUCAUCAUCUGCAUUCAGGCGUCUCCUCUCAGGUCUCCUUUUCCGAUCUCUACUGA